AUGGUUCCUUCCAUCAAGCUCAACAGCGGCUACGAGAUGCCACAAGUCGGAUUCGGCCUCUGGAAGGUCGACAGAGCGACUUGCGCUGAUACCGUGUACAACGCCAUCAAGGCUGGAUACCGCCUCCUCGACGGAGCAUGUGAUUACGGCAACGAGAAGGAGUGCGGGAAGGGCGUCGCGCGUGCCAUCGAAGAGGGCCUAGUCAAGAGGCAAGACCUGUUCAUCGUUUCCAAGCUCUGGCAGACGUUUCAUGAUAAGGAGAGAGUCGAGCCCGCAUGCCGCCGCCAGCUCGCAGACUGGCAGAUCGACUACUUUGACCUCUUCCUCAUACAUUUCCCCGUCGCCCUUGAAUACGUGGACCCUGCUGUCCGCUACCCUCCAGGCUGGUUCUAUGACGGUGAGAAGGAGGUUCGGUGGAGUAACACCACCAAUCAGCAGACUUGGGAGGCCAUGGAAGAUUUGGUCGAUGCGGGUUUGACAAGGAGCAUCGGUAUUUCCAACUAUCAGGCCCAGGGGAUUUAUGAUAUGCUCAAGUACGCCAGAAUUCGACCUGCCACCCUGCAGAUUGAGCUACACCCGUACCUGCAGCAGAGGAAUUUGUUGAGCCUCGCAAAGACUGAGGGCAUCGCUGUCACGGCCUACUCAUCUUUCGGUCCAACUGGUUUCGUCGAGCUCGGUAUGGAUCGCGCCAGGAAUGUCGCGCCGCUCAUGGGGCACCAAACUGUUACUACUAUAGCCUUCAAGCACAACAAGACCCCUGCCCAGGUUCUCUUGCGCUGGGCUACUCAACAAGGUUUGGCUGUCAUCCCCAAGACGUCUCGAUCAAGCGUCAUGGAGCAAAACCUGCAAAGUACCGACUUCAACUUAGAACAGGAAGAUCUGGACAUGAUCGCCAAGAUGGAUGUGAAUCUGAGAUUCAACCAGCCAACAAAUUACUCCAAAGACGUCACUACACUGUCCAUCUUUGACUGA